CUUUUCUACUGUUUUGGCCAUGCUAGUGGUCAGAGCCUCCUGUAUAUUGCUUUGUUCAGACGUGGCUUUCACUGGAACUGCUUUAAUACAGAUGCAGAAAUGCAAGUAGUCAGAGACUCGGAGCGCUGUCUAAUCCUUUAUUUUCUUCGUUGGCUACGAGGCCAAAAGUGGCGUCGAGGUCACUUUCUUGCAUAUAUAUAUUAUGUUAUAUAUCCGGCAUAUUGGUCAAUCAUGCGGUCACAGCUAGUGCAUCACAGGGGGUCUCGCUUUUUCAGAUACAAAAAUGCAUCAAUUCAGUGGCCACCGGUGGCGCAAAAAAAAAAAAAGAAAGCUAGCAGCCACGCGUUCUGAGUAACGUAUUUCAAUCGCUUAGCGCUGUACGCCUUGGCUGAAGGGGAUAGCCGAGGGCCGCGAAAGAAGACGGCAUCUAUUCAGCGUACGAUUGUAGUUUUUAAUAUAGCGUCGGACAUCGGCGCCUCACAAUUUUCUUGAUACGAGCUACGAAGUGCCGACUGCAAACGCGUCGGCGAACUGCACGCUGCAUCGCACGAUAGAUGAUGACGAUAGCAGGAAAGACCGCCAUGAAACAAAGACGCAGAUGGCGACGAUAACCCGUAGGCGCGGCAACUGUGCUCCGUGGUUCGGUCCGGUCGCCUAGGAAACGGCCGCGCAUGCGCAACGCCGCGCGACAGCGGCAGAACGCCGUCGGGGCCCGGCAGCGGACGACGUGGAUGCAAGUGCGGGCUCCUACCUUUGUGUUUGCCGCGAGACACCAGCGCCACUCCUCCUCCUGGCGGAGAGCCGCGUCGCCGUCUAUCAGCACGCUUGCACAAAACCGCCGACAGCCGUCCGCAGAAUCAAGUGCAGGAAGCUGUGCUGCUUGUGGCAUCGCGCAAACUGGAACCAUGUUCCGUGUCGUCGCCACCAGGUGUCCUCCUCACCAGUUCACCCAGAAUUCCUGCCUGGGCGUGGUGACGGAACCAGAGUCCACGACGGCCCCGCAAUGUGGCACUUCAGCUGAGCCAGGAUGCAAACAGCUAUACUCCAUUGGCCAGCGUCGACUCUACAUCUGAAGUGGUCACGUGAUACUCGUACGUGGGAGGUGCUGACAAGAUCAAGCAACAGCGCACCCAAGCAAGCCCUGUCCUGCCCCCGAGGAGCACCAAUGUUCACGCAGGACUUACAACAGUUCGCGCCGUGACUUUCUAUAGAGCGGCCAUAACCGGCGGAAUUAUUCGGAAUGCACUCAUGGACAUUUAAUAAAGGAAUGAAACAAAGCUUUC